AUGUCGGUCGAGCGCAAGCGGGCCAUUCGCGAGCUCCAGCGCCAAGUCUACGACCUCGAGUGUACACUGCGGGCGCUGCGGCGCGGCCAAACGACACAGCUGCCCUGGGAAGACGUGGCCCUCGCGCUCAAGGACGACUUUCUAUCGCUUGUCACGGAUCACCGGACGCUCAAGCAGCGCCUUGAGGACCAGCGCCAGCUCCUCGCGCACAUGCACACGUGGGUGCACCGCAACCUCCGCACGGCGUCCGACGAUCCUUAUGCAGCGUCCUAUCUCCUUCGCGGCUCAACAGCGUCGCGCGAGAUGGCAUUUGCGUGGCUCAUUCGCCAGCAGUACGCGCAGACGUUUGCUGUCAUGGACCAGCAAUUCUACCCACUCGAUCCAAGAGCCGAGCACGUCGACAUUGGCUAUUCGCUUGGCGACACCACGAGCGACACGAAUGCCUUUGCGCUCCACGUCACGACGCAGAUGCUGCUGCCGUACGCACUACCGACUGCGACCGCCGGUGUCUUUGAGGCCGAGCGGUCGUUCACGGCAGUCUUUCGCACUGCCGACAACGCCCGAAGCCACGCUUCGCGCGACCUCUGCGUUCGCGGGCACGACGUCUCCUACACCCACGAAGCGAUGGCGCUCUCGCGGGAUGCGGUCAUCGCCAACACGGUGCUUCUGGGGCGCGUCAAUGCCAGCGCGACCCGGACGAUCCUCGUACUGCGAACCAUCAGCCACGACGACGCGUACCCAAUAGCCCCGCGCACGUGGCGCUCUCCCGUGCUCCAAUGGACCGUCCUGGACGCCCUCGAUGCUACGACGACGCGGUGCCGGACGUACUACUUUGCCGACUCGCUCUGGCGCGGCGCGACGCGCGUGCCCCUCCAGCGGCUUGGCGCGCGCUUCAACGUUGAUUUGCGCCAACCGGAUGGCCUCCACCGACUCUGCGAGGCGAACCGCCGGUUCCAGCUCAACCAGCGCGCGUUCUUUCGAGCGCACUUGGAUGCAACGCUGCGCCGCGUCGCCCACGAUACCUAGUCUAUCGCUUUGUCGAAGUUUGUCAUUGAAUUGUGAAACAGUGCUGACGCGAGCGUGAUCAAGCUCGCACUAUUGAAUCGCUCG